AUGGAGAGCCCUCACGAGCACCAGCAGAACCUCCUGCUCUCACGUAUCAUUACCAACGUAGAAAAGCUCAACGAGGCCGUCGUUGUUAUGAACAAGAGCCUUCAGGAGAUCAACGUCGAGAACAUGAAUGUUGAGCUCGUCGCUCAGAUGUUCAAGAAUUACCAGUCCAACGUCCUGUUUCAUCUUGAAGCUACAGACAAUCUGAAACCACCCUCAUAG